AACAGCAAAGGGAAAGAAAAGAAAGAAUGGGAGAGGAGAAGGGAUGGGAAAGCAUGAAGUGUGCAAGCAUUAGUUUAGUGGUGUGUUUGUUUGUGGUGAGGGGGAUAUGCUAUCUGUGGUGGAGGCCAAGGAAGACGGAAGAGCACUUUGCCAAACAAGGAAUAAGAGGCCCUCCUUACCGCUUCUUCAUAGGCAAUGCUAAGGAGAUUGUUAGCCUUAUGGUCAAAGCCUCCUCUCAACACAUGUCCAAUUGCCACAACAUUCUCCCUAGAGUCCUUCCUUUCUACCAUCAUUGGAAGAAAAUCUAUGGGGCAACAUUUCUGGUGUGGUUCGGGCCGACAGCCCGUUUGGCGGUGGCGGAUCCGGACCUGAUCAGAGAAAUCUUCACAUCAAAGGCAGAGUUCUAUGAGAAAAAUGAAGCACACCCAUUGAUCAGGCAGCUUGAAGGAGAUGGGCUUUUGAGCCUCAAGGGUGAAAAAUGGGCACACCACAGGAAAAUCAUUACCCCCACUUUCCACAUGGAGAAUCUCAAACUGUUGGUACCAGUGGCAGCCAGUAAAGUGAUGGAAAUGGUGGAGAAAUGGGAAGGGAUGUCAUCAAGGGGUGGGAAUGGGGAGGUGGAAAUUGAAGUCUCAGAGUGGUUCCAAAUGUUGACAGAAGAUAUAGUGGCACAGACUGCCUUUGGCCAAAGCUAUGAAGAUGGGAAAGCCAUUUUUAGGCUGCAAGCUCAACAAUUGGCCCUUGCUAGUGAAGCUUUCCAAAAGGUUUUCAUCCCUGGCUAUAGAUUUCUGCCGACGAAACGGAACAUAAAAUCUUGGAAACUGGACAAGGAGAUAAAGAGGUCAUUAAUGAAGGUUAUUGAAGAGAGGAGGGGAAACUGGGCCAGCGAUGAGAAGAAGAAGAAGAAGAUUCUGGAGAAUGGGCCCAAGGAUUUACUGGGCCUCAUGAUCCAUGCCAGCAUCAAAGAGCUGGCCGCGGCCUCGUCGCCGCCAUCAUCAAAGAGAGGAGGGGUGGUUAGUCAUCAUGACUCCCCCGGCGGCCACCACCAUCCUCCGCCGCCGCCGUCCGCCAUCACCGCCAACGACAUCGCCGAGGAGUGCAAGACGUUCUUCUUCGCCGGCGAGCAGACCACCUCCAACCUCCUCACCUGGACGACCGUCUUGCUGGCUAUGAACCCGCAUUGGCAGGACCUAGCACGUGACGAGGUCCUCAAGGUGUGCGGGCCACGUGACAUACCCUCCAAAGAUGAUAUUGUCAAGCUCAAAACGUUGAGCAUGAUACUGAACGAGUCUUUACGACUUUACCCUCCGAUCGUGGCGACGAUACGGAGGGCGAAGGACGACGUGGAGUUGGGAGGGUGCAAGAUCCCGCGGGGGACGGAGGUGCUGAUACCGAUCCUGGCGGUCCACCACGACCAGUCGAUAUGGGGCAACGACGCCAACGAAUUCAACCCGGCCCGCUUCUCCGAGGGGGUUGCCCGAGCCGCCAAGCACCCCGUGGCCUACAUUCCCUUCGGCCUCGGUGUCCGCCAGUGCAUCGGCCAGAAUCUCGCCGUCCUCCAGACCAAGCUCACGCUCGCCAUCAUUCUCCGCCGCUUCUCCUUCCGGUUAUCGCCGCGGUAUCGGCACGCCCCCACCGUCUUGAUGCUUCUCCAUCCACAGUUCGGCGCUCCCAUCAUGUUUCAACCUUUACCCACCACCAAUUCUUCUUCUUCUUCUUCUUCUUCUUCUUCUUCUUCUUCUUGACAGAAUGCAUGCAAGAAACAAAAAGGAAAAUCCAGAAGGAGAAACAAAUGAAAAGUACGUAGUAGAUAUAUGCAUUGCAGGAGAGAGUUGGGAUUUUCUGGUAGCAUGCAUGCUCUAGCUGCUUAAUUAGCUAUAGCUCUUUUAGGAU